GACCAAUCAUGGCUACAUAGCAAGUUCGAGGACAGCCUAUGCUCCAUACUAAGACCCUGUCUCAAAACAUCCAUAAAAACAAUGUAGAAAAGACAAAGCAGAAGAAGCGACAGCAGCUGGGAGAAGACUCUGGAAAUGAGCUCAGGAACUGCACUGUAUGCGCAGGCUGGAUCAUGGGAACCCCGAAACCGCUGAUUUUGCCUUGGCUGGUGUCUCAGCUGGACCUGGGACAGCUGAAAGGUGUGGCCUGGCUGGACGAGAGCCGUACAAAGUUCAGGAUCCCAUGGAAGCAUGGCUUACGACAGGACGCACAGAUGGCUGACUUUGGCAUCUUCCAGGCCUGGGCGGAAGCCAGUGGUGCCUACACCCCAGGGAAGGAUAAGCCAGACCUGUCAACCUGGAAGAGGAAUUUCCGGUCAGCCCUGAACCGGAAAGAAGUGUUGCGAUUAGCUGAGGACCGGAGCAAGGACCCUUUUGACCCUCAUAAAGUGUAUGAGUUUGUGACUCCAGGAGGAGCAAGGGACUUUGUACAUCUGGACACCUCCCCUGACACCAAUGGCAAAAGCAGUCUGUCUGAUCACCAGGAAGACCUCUUGGAAUUACUCGAUCACAUGGCCUUGGGACCCCUCCCAGAUGAGGGGUCCUCAGACCUGCCUAUUGCUUCUGAUCCUUCUCAACCACCACUAAGCCCCAUUGUAAACAACUUCCCAAACCCAGCACCCCAGGAAAACCCACUAAGGCAGCUGCUAGCUGAGGAACAGUGGGAGUUCGAGGUGACUGCCUUCUACCGAGGCCGCCAGGUCUUCCAGCAGACACUCUUUUGCCCCGGGGGCCUGCGGCUGGUGGGCAGCACGUCUGACAACGGGACACUGCCCUGGCAGCCAGUCACCCUGCCAGACCCUGAGGAGUUUCUGACAGACAGGCUUGUGAGGGAGUAUGUGAGGCAGGUACUCAAGGGGCUGGGCAAGGGGCUGGUGCUGUGGCGGGCAGGGCAGUGCCUCUGGGCCCAGCGCCUAGGCCACUCGCAUUCCUUCUGGGCCCUGGGUGAGGAGCUGCUUCCAGACAGUGGGAGAGGGCCUGAUGGAGAGGUCCCCAAGGACAAGAACGGAGUCGUGUUCGACCUCAGGCCCUUUGUGGCAGAUCUCAUUGCCUUCAUGGAAGGAAGCAGACAUUCCCCACGAUACACUCUGUGGUUCUGUGUGGGGGAAUCGUGGCCCCAGGACCAGCCGUGGGUCAAGAGGCUUGUGAUGGUCAAGGUUGUUCCUACAUGUCUUAAGGAGCUGUUAGAGAUGGCCCGGGAAGGGGGAGCCUCAUCACUGAAAACCGUGGACUUGCACAUCUCCAACAGCCAGCCGAUCUCCCUUACCUCUGACCAGUACAAGGCCUGCCUCCAGGACUUGGUGGAAGACAUGGACUUCCAGGCCACUGGAGAAACCUGAGCCCAGCUCAGCUGCUCCAAUAAAGCAAUUUAUGCCACCA